AUGUCCCAAGUUGAAAGUAAUAACGAAGAUGUUGCUCCAAGUAGAAAUGAAAGUAGAUAUGAAGAUCGCAAGACCGACUUUACGCAACAUUUUGUCAAUGCAUUAAGCCUGAUGGGAUAUAUUGUUAUUGUAAUACAAUUUGUUAAAUUCGAAAGUUCCUUUUGGAUUUUACUAGCGAGGGCAAGUUUUCAUUCCUUACUCACAAACCCCUUUCCAGGCCAUGCGCAAUUGCGAAGGAUAGCCCAGAGAACUGGGAGAACAACAUCAUCUACACCAGACGUUGAUAUGCCAGGAGGAUUUACGAAUGCAGCUAAUCUUUCAAAUAUGCCUCAUGCUACAAGAGAUAAUUCUAACAUAACAACUGCCCCACCUUCAACAGAAGAUGAAAUAAUGGCUGUCAAGAAGAAAAUACGAAAAUUGAUAUUCCAUGGCUCCUUUACUUUAAAUUUGAUAGUAUUAAUAUGGAAUAUUCUUCAUCCAACUCAUUUCUUAGAGAAGUUAGGAGGUAUGUACCCCCAUGAAAAAUAUUUAAAGAAUAUUCCAUCACCAUUCGUUUCUGGAGACGGCUUAUUAGGUGGUGAAUUUAGGGGGACUGCAUUUAUUCAGUUCAUUGGUGAAUCUAUACCUCACAGCAACACUUGGGGCAAUAUUAAUAAAUCUGCAUAUGAUUUUCUGAUUUUAAUUCUUGAGUACACUCUAUUCAUCCUUACUUGCAUAAAUUUUGGUGAAAUGGGAUAUGUACCACCGGCCGACAAUCAUAGCCAAACGGAUGACGGUUAUACCGGGGAUAUUAUUACUGUAGAAGUUGACUUCAACAAAUCAUUAGAUAUUAUGGUAAAUGACAUUAACGAUGGGUCUACCCGAUAA